AUGUCGGAGGAGCAGCGUGAAGCUCUGAGAGGUAAGGCCAGCUUAAUACUCUAUCACGCGCAAGGGCACCUCCAGGGGUAUGAAGACCCGGAUCCGCUGCAGAUGCUGCGAGAUGCGCAGCAGGUGCGUGCGCUGGCGCACGAUGUGCUCCACAUUGCGAAUGAUCAUGUUGAGGCAGAAGUUGGACCGACGGCCGCUUCGUGCUUUGAGUGGAUCUGCCUGGCUGCCCGGAUGAUGCAGAAGUUAGGUUCAGAGGAUUUUGGUACGCGCUGCCUACACCUGGCCAUGCUCUGCUUGCAGGCCACCAGGCAAGUCGAAGAGAUGCUGGUGGCGGAUGGCGUUCCCACCGCAAUCGUUUCGGAAGAGCCCGGUGGAGACUUCUACAUCCCUGAGUCAGGGACUGAAGCUGAGUCUGGGGCCAUUACAGCUCCAACCCGCACUGCGGACCCACGAGACGGCUUCGUUGACAGCGCCACCGAUCGAGAACCGCAUGAGCUAGUUGUCGAAGACUUGCCAGUGCCUCUGCAAGGAAUGCGAGAAGGUCAACUUGUUGCACACAGGCAAGGUUUGGAGUGUCAGUUGCAACAGAUGAGGGCGGAGCAGACCGGCCUUCCCCUCGCAGAAACGCUGCGUAGACUGGGCUCUGCACUUCUCGAAGAGGGGGAAUCUGAGCAUGCCACACAGGCCACGGACUACUUACACCAGAGCUUGCAAAUUCAGCGCUGCCUUCACGAAGGCACGCCUCAUCUCAGUGUCGCUCGAACGCUGUAUGACCUGGGUCGCGCAAGCAGCAUUCUCAAAAAUCGAGAACAAGCCAUGCAGUACUUUCACGAGUCCUUGGAGCUGAGCCAGCGCUUGCACCCCCAUGGCGACCGCGAAACUUUUUCGACUCUGUACCGUCUCAGCAACGAGCUUGUUUUGUCUGCGGAAUUCCGGCAAGCCCGGGUGUUUAUAGAGAAAGCUCUGAACUUGGCAGAAAGCCUAUGGCCUGGCUACUUGGAUCACCGCGAAGCUUCAACCUCUUGCCGACAUGCGCAGGAGCUGAUAGAAGCAGGCGAUGAUUGGGCGGACAACUUUCGGGAGGCUCUCCGUGGCCGCGACCUGGAGUUCUGCCGCGUUCUCACUGCCAGGGACGAGCCCUUGACAGUUCUCCCGUCAGCAGACUCCGCCGACUUGAUUGAUUUACCUCUCCCUGAAGAUUUUCCAUUGCAGGUGUGGCUCAAGGCCCCCGGCAGCGAAGACCGCCGGACCUUAACAGCCCUUCUCAACUUUGCUGCCUUUUGGGAUUGGUGCAUCCAUAUUGGCGACCGAGCCUUCCAGGAGGUCGCGGAAUCAGUCGACGUCGGUUAUUGGGAAGAAAGCUUUCGGGAGCUCCUCCGAGGACGUGACCUGGAGUUUUGCCUGGAACAGGCUCGCCUCCUCCAAUAUUGUGCUGCCCUAGGGUGUCGUCCACAUCCUGCUGCUGUUCAGGCUGUUCAGGCCGCGACAAGCUGUCUUCAAAAGUCUCUACGAGCGGUAGGCUGUCUUGCAGAAGACGAAGGCAAGGAGUUCAGAGCAAACGCACUGUAUGGACUGGGACAGCUGCACAUGCUCGUCAAGGACUUCGAGGUGGCAGUCUGCUACCUGCAAGAAGCAUUAAGCAUGAAGAGAUCUUUGUGCCCCCGUGACCGCGUCACUGCCAGCAUCGCAAAGACAUUGUGCUUCCUGGGUCAAGCCACAUUCCACACCGGCAAGCUCGAUCUCGCCAUGCAGUUCCUCACACAGUCUUUGGACGCGUGGCUUUCCGUCUGUGCUGCCCUGGCUAUCUCGGAUGAGUCUCCAUUGAGACGACAGUAUGAAGAGUGCGUAGGCAAAUUGCGGAGGUAUGUGCUCAUGCGAGAAGAGGUGCAUAACAAUCCUUCGGAGCUGGAAGACGCACUGGCGCUUCUUUUGAACAUACACUGUCAGACACGCAGGCUGCUGUCAUUUCAGCACGAUCCGGCACUGUUUGCGGCUAAGGAGACGGUCGAAUUCCUGAUCGAUGUGUUGCCCAAAAUGUUUUCUUGUAAUCCGUUGUCAGAACCGACGCUGCCCUUCGAACUCCGGCUGUCGUUCUGGCUCGUCGCGUUCGCAAUGCUAUCGAGGCCAUUCCAGAAAAUUCUCACCGGAUGUUCACAGCUACUCUUUUACUAG